CCCAAAGCAGGUGAAUUUAGUCCCCGGAAGUGAGAUGCUUCUCGCCCCGAAGAUGGUGUCUCCUUUAUUAUCAAAACAGAAAAUCCAAAAAUGAGCAAUAUAUAUUUAUAUCAAACAGGAAACAGCGGGAAUGUUUAACUGACUGAAUGUUUAUUGUACGUGUUAUGAAAAAACGCCUCUGAAAGUUAAAGAUAUGGACGUUCAAACAGAACAAGGAGACUCCUACACGGAUAAUCUCAUCGGGACAUUAUUAGCCAUCUUUGGAAGUGUGAUUGUCAGCAUCUCUCUCAGUAUUCAGAAGUACAGCCACGUGAAACUAGCAGAAACAAAGGAGCAACGCACCUUCUACAACACCAAGACCUGGUGGUGUGGUUUCGUGUUCAUCUGCAUCGGGGAGGGGGCCAACUUUGUGUCCUACGCCUUUGCCCCAAUUGCUGUUGUCGCGCCCCUGAACGCUGUGUCUGUCCUGACAAGCUCAAUUUUGGGUUUUUUAUUCCUGCGUGAAAAAUCUAAAGCAAAGGACUUUGCAAAGAGCCAUGGGCUGGCCUUCCUGGGCUACAUCUUCAUUAUAGGAGGAACGUAUCUGUUUGUGUCAUUUGGUCCAAACUCUCAUGAGAAACUCCAAGCAGAGAACAUUGUGAAGCACCUUGUUGGGUGGCCUGUUCUUCUGUAUAUGCUUCUGGAGAUUAUCGCAUUCUGUUUGUUGUUGUACUUCUACAAACAGCGCAAUGCUAACUACCUGGUUGUUAUCCUGCUGCUGGUGGCUCUACUGGGCUCGGUCACAGUCAUCACAGUAAAGGCGGUUUCUGGCAUGCUGCUCCUGACUCUGGAGGGCGUCAUGCAGCUCGACUACCCCAUCUUCAGCGUCAUGUUUGUGUGCAUGGUGGCGUCUGUCAUCUUCCAGGCCAGGUUUCUUUCCCAGGCUUGUAAUCUGCAUGACCCCUCGCUGGCCGCCUGUGUCAACUACAUCUUCUCCACCAUCUUUGCAGUGGUAGCUGGAGCCGUUUUCUACUUGGAGUUUCAGAAGGAAGAUGUUCUUCACAUCUGCAUGUUUCUCCUUGGGUCUGCACUCUGUUUCCUCGGCGUCUUUCUCGUCACCAAAUCCAGGAAGAAGGCGAAGAUGUUUGAGCCGUACGUCACCAUGGAUGUGGCUAACGGCGUGCCGACCAUUCAUGACAACGGCCUUGCUGUUCAGCCGGACUAUAACGGCUCUUUCUCAUACGGCGCUCUGGUCAACAACGACGGCGUGGCGCCGACCACGCUACCGGUCAACCUGGAGCACCCGACUGUGACCGUGAGAGGCACCGAUCCGCCUCAUGGUCAGUCCGACCUGAAGAAAGACUGAGACUUAUCCGCUGCCUCACAUUAAAAAAUCAACCCAAAUGGGUGUUUUCACCAAACCUUCUCGCCUUAAACUCUCACACAUGCUUCCUGUUUUAAACCAAAGCUAGUCAGGGAAAAGCUUUUUAAUUACUGUGUUAAGUUCAACAGUUGUAAACGGAGAAAGUCUGCCUCAAACUUUGGGAUUUAACUAAUUUCUGCUUGAUCACUUCUUCCCUGGAAAUAAUUAGCUUUUUUUGUAGCAUUGAGGAUUUUUUCCGUCUCUAUGAAAGCACAUGAGGAAGAGUCUGGAUGAGCACAAACUGGUAAAGCUGGCUUAUCUUUGUACAUAUUUUAAUAACUUGUGAAUUCUGCGUUUUGAAGACAUUUGUUGAUCUCAGAGGAACCAAAGAUUGGCAGCAGAAUGAAGUAACUUAUUACUUUUUUAUGUUGGAGUUUUGUCAUCUUUGAAAAACUCGAUAGCAGUGAAAUACAUGAACCUUUUUAUUCCAAGGGCUACGCAGCACAUCACCUGUUCUUCCAGUAAAAGUGCAAACUUAUCAAACUUCAGGGUUUUGACCAAACAGUGUAAAGUUGCAGCUGUACAGUUUGUCUUUACUUUGAAAAACUGCCUCUGAUUCUGUUUAAAUGAAGUUUAAACUGCCUCUUCUUGUUGGGACCAGUUUCCCAGUUUGACCACUGUGUUUAAUUUACUGUGAUGUAUUUAUGAACUCUGUCUGGUUUUAAUGUACAUUUUUAAAAUGAAGUUUGUUGCUGGAUAAAUUCAGGGUAAGUGCAUGAUGAUGGUGACUGUUAACUGUUGGUGUUUAAAUAAACAUCAAGCUUGAAUAUUGUUCAAG